AUGGCAGUCAUGGCAACCGUGGCGACAGGAAGCACAUCUGCUCUCGCUGCUGUCGACACCGAGCCCAUCUCUGAGCAGCCCGUCUCGGACGGUGUUGACGACGUCGACGUGCCACCUCCGUAUUCCGUAUGGUCACCGUGGCAAAAGAAGCUCAUCGUCGCCGGCGCCGCCUUUGGUGGUUUCUUCAACCCAAUCACGGCCCAAGUCUACCUACCUGCUCUAACCGUCUUGGAAGACGAGUUCGGCGUCACCGAGGCCGAAAUCAACCUGACCGUUACCACCUACAUGAUCUUCCAGGGCUUGACUCCUAUCCUAUUCAGUGGCUUUACCGACACACUGGGAAGACGACCUGGAUACAUUUUUUGUUUCAUCGUAUACAUCUCAGCCAACAUUGCCCUGGCUCUCGCAAAUGACUAUGAGGACUUGCUGGUAAUACGGUGUUUCCAGUCAGCCGGAUCAGCGACCAUCAUGGUGAUCUGUCAGGCAGUGGUGGCCGACAUCAUCACCAGCGCCGAAAGAGGAGCUUAUAUUGCAUUGACGGCCAUCCCGUCCAUUCUGGGCCCAUCCCUCGGUCCCGUCAUUGGCGGUGCCAUGACGCAAUACAUGGGCUGGAGGAGCAUCUUUUGGAUGUUGACCAUUGCAGCGGGCAUCAACUUCUUGCUCAUGCUGUUGUUCAUACCAGAAACGUGCCGCAAGGUGGUAGGUGACGGAUCCGUCCGCCCUCCCUGGUGGUGUCAGAGCGUGUAUCAGUGGUUUUACUACCGUCGGCACCCCAGUGUCCCUCAAAACCUUAACUCGCUUGAAAAGUCUGCGUACACCACGGACGAGGGCAAACUCAAGUACGCCACUUCUCACUUGUUUUCAUCCUUUGCGUUGCUCCGAGAGAAGGAGCUUGCACUUUUACUCAUCAUCGGCGGUACCGUUUUCACUGGGGUCUAUGCCGUGGGAACGGCUAUGCCAGCCCUCCUCCAAGACUUGUAUGGCUUUACCCCCAUGCAAAUUGGACUCAUGUAUUUACCAUUGGCUGGUGGCUCAAUCCUUGCGGUGGUGUUUGUUGGACCCGGCAUGAACUGGAACCUGAGACGGCAUGCCAGAAAGCUGGGAAUGCCGGUGGACAAGAAAACCAAGAUGGACCUCAGUCGGUUUCCCAUUGAGAAGGUUAGACUGGAGAUUGCAUUCCCAUUUUUGCUCUUGGGCGUCGGGAUUAUAACCUCUUGGGGCUGGAUCACCGUCAACAAGGUCGAGAUUGAAAAGGUGAUCAUUGUGGUGCUUUUCCUUGGGGUUGGUUUGGUUGGAGUCAACAAUGUGGUCAACGCGCUGAUUGUCGACAUUUAUCCCGACACAGCCGGCGCGGCGCUGGCAGCCUACAACCUAGCAAAAUGCAUCAUGGGCGCAGCAUCGUCUGGAUUCGUUGCGCCCAUGAUCCUAGGGAUGGGCAUGGGUCCAGCGUUUACUCUCUUGGGUUGUCUCUACCUUCUACUCGUGCCCAUCAUACUCUUGGUAAUGUGGAAGGGGGUUGUCUGGAGGACAUCCAGACAUGCAAGAGAGCUGAGAAAGAAGGGCAGCAUCUUAGUCAGGGAGCAGGAUCCUCAGGAAUCGGUUUCUGAUACUGACAUGGCAAGCACACCGCAAAAGGAAACAACGAGUACCGAGAUUCUGCCGGCAGAAAAGGACGCGAGGUCGACAUCAUAG